GCCAUCAGCCCUGGGGAAUCCAAGAGCCCCUCCCCACGUAACCCCUUCCUCAUAGCUCCGCCCCAGUCCCGCCCAGAUCUCUUCACAGCCCCUCCCCACUCAUCCCUCCCCUCCCAGCUCCGCCCAUACCGCUCACAGCCAAUCCCCUCCCCUCAAGGCUCCGCCCACGACCCUCCCCUUUCUCGGGCCCAUCCCUUCACAGCUCCUCCCCUCACCACAGAGUCCCUCCAAACCACUUGGCUAUCGCACCCGGGCCGUGGUACAGAGCGGCCUCCUCCUAGUCGCCUCUCCGCCCUGACAACCUCUUCUUGCUGUCCUAGAACGUCCUCUUCGUCCAGGCCCCGCCCCCACCCACCCGCCGCUCUAGCCUCCGCUCCUCUCGUUGGUUCGCGCCCGGACAGCGCGGGGAGGAAGCCGGAGACCCGGCGGCAGCCGGCGGGUGGCAGGGUGGCAGGGUGGCGGGCGACGCCAAUCUACAGCUCGCCCCUGGGGUGCGGCCUCGCAGCUCAGCCACCGCCGACGGCCUGCUCCCUAGCUCCUUCCAGGCCAGGUUCUGAAAACGGCGCUUCCCAGAGCGCAGAGACCAGGCCGAGUGGGCCUGCGCGCAACUCUCCCCAAGGUCUGGCACCCCGACUUGGAUUCCAGGGCCCCAGACCUCACGUCUAACCAGGUGGCAUGGCCCCCAAGCCGUGGAGUGAGUGGAGCACGACCCUGUCCCACCUAGCGCUGGGAGUGGUGUCUCUGCACGCAGCGGUGAGCACUGCCCAGGCAAGUCGAGGGGCCGCUGCUGGCUUCCUGCUCCAGGCCUUGGCCUCUGCCACCUUGCUGGCCCCAGGGCUGGGCACAGAUGAAGACUGUCUUGCUGGAGCCUGGGUGGCCACUGUCAUCGGCCUGCCCCUUCUGGCCUUCGAUUUCCACUGGGUGAAUGGGGACCGCUCCUCUGCCAACCUACUCCUGGGAGGAGGAAUGGUGCUGGCAGUGGCUGGUGACCACCUUGGUGCUGAGGGCCGUUCUGUAGCUGGUCAGGCAGUGGUGCUGGUGGUUGCAGUGACGAUCCUCAUUGUGGCUGUUUUCACGACCAACACUUAUGGAAUGUGGGGGGGCGCAAUGUUGGGAGCUGCAGGCCUCCUGAGCCGGCUGGAGGAGGACAAAGUUCUGCUGCUUCCAAAGGAGGAUGUCUGUCGCUGUGCCCUGGCUGCAGGCAGUUGGGCCUACCACCGAGCCCUGCACACACAGCGCCUGCAGUGGGAGUGAUGUUUGCAGAGAGCAAGGUGGGGCUUCAGCCCUGGCUACCACCUUCCCCUCCUACAGGCCUGCUCCUAUGGGCCUCCUCCCCUAAGGAUGGACUCUCUUGCCUCCCAAAGAGAGCUUGCUGCACGGUGAUGGAUGCCUUGGCCAGGAGACAGAGUCUGGGCACUGUCCCUCCUCUGGCUGAGUUUGGGGACUCACCUAGACAAGAAUUAAGGAGAUGGGGCCCCAGGCACGUUUUGGGGCCUGAUGUUGGGCAGGCCAUGGUUUUGGAUUCAGAGAGAGGCUUGGUCUCCAAUAAACCUUAGGGAUUCAGCAGGAAUAUGGAAUCUGCCCAUUCUUGAAAGGGAUCGAGGGAGGGGUCCUCCAGUGAGUUUUCUAAAGCUCCAGGGCAGCAACUGGUUUCCCUGUGCAAAGAAAGGGGCUGCCCUGGAACUAGCCCUGGGGCAUCACCCAGCCUGACCUCCUGCUGUCACCUUUGUCAGGAGGGCCCCUAGAUUGAGAAGACCUACUUCUGGGCCCUUGCUCUCUUGGGACAUAGUAGAGUUCUGAAUAUCCUUGGUACAACCUGGCAGGUGGCACUCUGGGACAGUGACCUUCACGGGCUGCCUGUUGGGGUGGGAGCAGGGAAGGGCUGUAUUACAGCUGUCCUCAGAACUGCACAAUCCCACUCAGCUGACUUGACAUGUACUCAUCUGCCCACUCGCCUGUGUAAGGCAGGUCCUGAUUUCCCAAGACCCUCACUUUUCUCAAUGGACCCCUCCUCAGCUCCUAACCCCAGGGUUAGGAAAUGGGUUUGGGCAGAACAGUGGGUUAGAUUCGGGGUCCAGAGUCCUUUCUCGAGAUAUUCUAUGCUUGCGUCUAUUCUAUGCGUGCUUCCUGUGGAAGCACACCUGGUCCCACACAAGAAGGACCUGAGUGGCCGAUGGGGUUUUUCACUCCAGCGAGCCAGGCCAGAGAUUCUUGCACGCAAACAUGAGUGUUGGGGGACAAAAGCGCAAGCACAUCCCAACGUGGCGGUCCAGGGAUGCCCACCAACCGGGUGGCCUCGGCUAGUGGGCCGCACCCUAGACGGACCGGAAGCGGCGCGCACGCCCCCAACCCUAGGAUUUCCCUGCCCCGAGCGCGCGCCCCCCCGCAGGUCGCCCUGGGCCCCGCCCUCUUCCUGCCUACUUUCUGCAGGGGCGGGCCCUCGGGCGUCCCUGCGCGCCCAUUGGGUCUGGCUGACGUGCCAUCUAGCCCUGGGCGGCUCUUCCAUUGGCCCCGCACGGCUCACGUGACAGGGAGACCGAGGGGGCGGUGGCGGCGGCAGGGGGAACGAGCAGCGAAAACAAAGAUGGCGGCCGCGCCGGG